AGUAAGCUGCCGCCCAGAACUACACUCCCGGCAUGCGCCGCGAUCUCUCCACCGCUGUCUCCUUGGCGACGGUGACGUCAUCAGCCCGCGACCACUAUCCCCGGUUGGCGGUGGUUCUCGGUGAGAGGCCUCGUCUCCUGCCCGGACGAUACAGGAAGCGAAGAUGGCGCUGGUGUCCGCGGACACGAGGAUCUCGGAGCUGCUGAGCGAGCUGCAUCAACUGAUCAAGCAGACGCAGGAGGAGCGGUCGCGGAGCGAACACAACCUGGUGAAUAUCCAGAAGACGCACGAGCGGAUGCAGACAGAGAACAAGAUCUCCCCGUAUUACCGCACAAAACUGCGCGGCCUCUACACAACGGCCAAGGCUGAUGCGGAGGCAGAAUGCAACAUUCUGCGCAGAUCACUAGAUAAAAUCGCUGAGAUCAAGUCCUUGUUAGAGGAGAGACGGAUCGCUGCCAAGAUCGCCGGCUUGUAUCAUGACUCCGAGCCGCCCAGGAAGACCAUGAGGCGCGGGGUGCUGAUGACCCUCCUCCAGCAGUCUGCCAUGACCCUGCCACUGUGGAUCGGGAAGCCCGGAGAAAAACCUCCUCCUCUGUGCGGAGCGAUCCCAGCAUCCAGCGAUUACGUGGCCAAACCUGGAGACAAGGUGGCGGCUCGCGUGAAGGCUGUGGAUGGUGACGAGCAGUGGAUCCUGGCCGAGGUGGUCAGCUACAGCCACGCCGCCAACAAGUAUGAGGUGGAUGACAUUGACGAGGAGGGAAAGGAGCGUCACACGCUCAGUCGCAGGAGGAUCAUCCCGCUGCCCCAGUGGAAAGCGAACCCUGAAACCGACCCGGAGGCGCUGUUCCAAAAAGAUCAGCUAGUGCUGGCGCUGUACCCCCAGACCACCUGCUUUUACCGAGCUCUGAUCCACACCCCCCCACAGCGGCCCCAGGACGAUUACUCGGUGCUGUUUGAGGACACUUCCUAUGCUGACGGAUACUCGCCUCCCCUCAACGUCGCCCAAAGAUAUGUGGUGGCCUGCAAGGAGCCAAAGAAAAAGUGAAGAUGGAGAAGAAAGGCAAGAUCUGGAGAGAAUGGGACUCGUGCGGUCUUCAUUGCCCGCGGGGUAGGAUGGGGGCCUCUGCAGGGAGCUUUUUCUAUUUUUUUGCCAUUAAAGGGGUUGUGCAGGGUUUUCGUAUUGAUGGCGGUGAUCCGGCACCUCCACCGAUCAGCUGCCUCACGCGAGCGCUGUCCCCUGUUCAGAGACUACGUGCAGUGUAACGACCUUUCUCUGGAAUGAAGCGAAUACGUGUAAUUGCACUACGCCACCGCUACAGGGCAGCCGACACGUCGUGUAACGAAGAGGAAGCGGCGCUCCCAGCAUCCAUAUAAAACCCCUUUAAAUCCUUAUUCUAGUGAUUUGUUUCUUGUAAGAACAGUUGCUGCCGUUUCCUCUGCCAUAGGGGGCGCUUUUCCUGAAGUUCACACAUGACUUUUUCCUUACUGAAGUAAAUAAAUCACGAGAUGCCGGCACGGUGGUG